AUGGGAUUGGGCAGAGGUGAAGAGGAAGGAGCUUUUGAGCCAGGAUUGCUGAUUUACAUUCUGCUGUCCUCCAUCUCUCUGCUCACUGCAGUUCUUAACCUGCUGGUCAUCAUCUCUAUCUCCCACUUCAAGCAGCUCCACACCUCCACCAACCUCAUCCUCCUCUCUCUGGCUGUUUCAGAUUUCUUCGUGGGUUUCGUAAUGUGCUUUCAAAUUAUGUACUUAGAUGGCUGCUGGUUCUUUGGUGACCUCAUGUGUGCUCUGGAUCAGUAUCUAGCAUACAUUAUUACCUCUGCCUCAGUAGGAACCAUGGUGCUUAUAUCUAUUGACCGCUAUGUGGCUAUUUGUCAUCCUCUGCAUUACUCCACUGAAAUCGAACCGAUGGUGCUUAAUUAUUCUUAUUUUGAGCCGGCUAAUUGCCAAGAUAACUUGCUCAAUGCUUCAUCUGCUGCCUUUGUAAUAUGUUUGUUCUAUUUUAACUCCUGUCUAAACCCUCUGAUCUAUGCCUUUUUCUAUCCCUGGUUUAGAAAAUCCAUUGAGCUCAUUGUUACAAUGAAGAUACUGCAGCCUGACUCCUUGUGGCUGUCUGAAGGCCUUCAGCUCUACAACGUGGAGGUUUCUGACUGCUUUGAGUCCACCUCUGAAGACCAUCGGCAGCAUCUGGACUCCAGAGGUUGUAGGAAUCUGUCUCACGUAGACAAGGGCUCUGCCAGGGUUCCCCACGCUCUCUUGUACAGAUAA